ACUAUUGUGUCUCUUUCCCGAAGAUCCACUAGUUAUAUACCACCGCAGUAUUUGUCACUCUCACUCGAAAGAUAUUUUCUCCAUAGCUUCUGAAACUGUGUGUAAAGUGAAGGUGAUGCCAAUGGGUGUAGUUCAGCAGAAUCAGCACGGGAAUGGAUUUCCAUCGUCAGCCCUGAAUCCUAACGCUCCGAUGUUCGUACCGGCCUCGUAUCGUAACGUUGAGGACUUCUCCGACCAGUGGUGGUCGCUCGUUCGGUCCUCCCCUUGGUUUCGUGAUUACUGGCUUCGUGAGUGCUUCUCCGAAUCACAAUUUGAUUUUCAUUCUUCCGAUAACUUCGAUGCGUUCUUCCCUACCGAAGAUUCGCUCCCUGACGUCGAUUGUAAGAUCCGUGGAACUGAAGAUGAACAGAGAGAGGUGCGAAAGGAUUUGAUUUUGUCGAGGGUUUCGAACUGGCGCAAGGCACGCGCUAUAGAGUCGCCGAGGAACUACGAGAAGGCACCGAAGAUUGUGAAUGUGAAAGUGAAUCCGAGGCCGAUUCAUCAACCGCGAUAGAUCAUCGAGUCACAUACCGAUUUAACGGCAGAUGGAGUCAGAUCUCUAGUGUACGUGUCUGUAGUUGUUCUGUAAACCGAUUGUAAAUACCAAUAAAAAUGAAUAGAUUCAAGAGGCCGUUAAGAGUAUCA